CGGAAGAUACCGUAAAAUACCUGUUCUCGGAAUAGCAAAUUAUUGAACAUUUGUUACUUUCUAUACAAAGGAAAAAAUGGUGCUGUUUAAAUUUCUUGAAAUUUUAAGUACAAAGUCUGUACUUCGCAAAAAUUUAUUAUUGCGGCCAUUAGGAGAAGAUUAACAUGUUAUUGCACAAUGUUAUUUUCAUUGUUUGAAUUGGCGGCGAGCAAGUUUGUUAGAAAUGCUAGUUUGGUUUCAAGAUACUCCUCUUACAUACCUGCGCAUCUAUAUCCUUCUCUGCUGAAGAUAUCUAUAAGGAAUGGUUGUUUCUUAUCUACUCGAAUUUUCUAUUUAUAUUGGCCUUUCAAGGACUUUUCUUUCUCUUCCUGUGCGCUCUUUGGAGAGGAGAAUGCAAUACUACUGGCGAAAUGCCUCGAGAAAAAUCACACUGAAAUAUCACAGGUUGAUCUAACAAAUUGCCAAAUAGGUGUGCAUGGAACAAGGUGCUUUCUAUUGUUGGUGGCUGGAAAACCAUUACCAGAUGCAAAAAACUACCUGCCAAUUGACAUGAAGCCGAUUACGAGGCUUGAAUUGAGCAAAGUUGGGAGUAAUGUAAAAAUAUUAUCAAUAAAAAUAGAUUGUUAUGUGGACAGAGAUACAUGGCCCCUUUUGGAAGACAUCCUUGAACAAAAGGCAAAAGUUCACAAUCUUGUUGUUACUCAUUUUCGUGCUAUUGAAUUGCAUGAAGCUCAGAUUCAAUACAUCUUAAAGAUGUUGGGUAGAAUCCAGAACAAGGAACUAAAUGGUAUCAACAUAAGAUGCAAUUGGGUACGUGGAGGUAGUAGACUCCGGGGACACUUCAAGAAGUUCACAAAUCUAAGCUAUCUUAACUUAUCAAUGACUGCUUUAUACUGUAACAUUAUUCUUGAUAUCUUAAGGGAAAUCACUUCACCUUUGAAACAUUUGAAUUUAAAUGGCUGUAAUUUAAUGCGACAUGGUGACAAAUUAAGUGAAAUGGCAGGAUUGCCGUCUACUCAUAAAUUGGAAUACCUCCAGAUGGGAAGUAAUGGCAUAACGAGUAUAGAUAGUCUUUUGCCCUUGCUAAAAUGGUGCAAAGAAACAUUAGUCAAGCUCCGCCUGCAUGGAAAUCGUCUCAAAGAUGAUUCCAUACAGAAGAUAUUAUCAUUGUUUCGUCCACCUUUUUGUUUGGACGAAUUGCAUUUACAGGAAAACUUUUUCUCCGACGAUUCAAACAGUUUGCUGAAAAAUAUGACAAAGUUGUCUAAAACAACAGUACUUGUUUAAUUCAAUGCCAUGCUGAAGAACUCGUCAUCGAGGCUGACUUACUAAAGCCUUCAUCAGAGGAGGUCCUGGAUUUUUACUGGUCUUCGAACUGCAUUUGAAAAGCCUUCUUGGAACUUAAACCAAAAUGGAGAAUGUGAAUUUGUGCUGUCAGUAGGAGAUUCAUCAUCUGAAAGAUGAAACAGAGACCUGUUAACUUAUUUUACUCAUUUAUCAAAAAAUGGUUUUAAUGAAUUAAAUGUAGACAUUACC